UAUCCUGUGGCAGGCCGUGUGAGAAGGUUGAAAUGGGCACGUACGGACGACCUUUGCUAUUGUUUGUACAGCUUUUGCAGCUGCUUCUGCUUUUAGCGGCCUCACCUAGGACACACGCCGCGAUCCUCGAGAGAGUGCCGAUUCAGCCUCCACCUCCACCUGCGCCGGUGAGAGAAUGGCCACAAUCAAGAUUUGGAAAAAGUUACCACAACUUUUGGAUAAGGCCUAGCGCGACGAAUGUGCUGGGUGCCAAGGGGCCUUCACAGGAUUCCCACCUACCAAGUCCACCUGUUCGUCCUCCAACACUUCCUCCUCCACCAGGUCUACUUCCUGGUCCGCCAUCUCUACCAAACCUACGUAAUAUUUCUCCUCUACUGAGCCUACCUGCUCCCCCACCACCGCCUCCUCCACCUCCUCCUCAUAUGGUUAGAUGUUUCGGUAAACGCUGAUGAUAAUCAUUGUUACUAUUGAUCGACCCUUUUAAACUGUCAUUUUGGGCUAUAAAGAAGUUAUAUUGUAUUUGUAUAGCUAUUGCUUUUGUAUUUGUAUCACCUUGACGCAUGUAAAACAAUAAAGGCCCUCAGUAAA